GCCAUGGACGGCAGCGGCCCCUUCGGCUGCCCCAUCUGCCUGGAGCCGCUCCGGGAGCCGGUGACGCUGCCCUGCGGCCACAACUUCUGCCUGGCCUGCCUGGGCGCGCUCUGGCCUCACCGAGGCUCCGGGGGCGCGGGCGGGCCCGGGGGCGCGGCCCGCUGCCCUCUGUGCCAGGAGCCCUUCCCGGACGGCCUGCAACUCCGCAAGAACCACACGCUGUCCGAGCUGCUGCAGCUGCGCCAGGGCUCGGGCUCGGGCUCGGCCCCGGCGCCCGAGCCCGCGGCACCCAGCGCGCCGCCCAGCGCCCCCGAGCCGUCGGCGCCCUGCGCGCCCGAGCAGUGGCCCGCGGCCGAAGAGCCGGUGCGCUGCGACGCGUGUCCAGAGGGCGCCGCCCUGCCCGCCGCGCUCUCCUGCCUGUCCUGCCUCGCCUCCUUCUGCCCCGCGCACCUGGCGCCCCACGAGCGCAGCCCCGGGCUGCGCGGACACCGCCUGGUGCCCCCGCUGCGGCGGCUGGAGGAGAGCCUCUGUCCGCGCCACCUGCGCCCGCUCGAGCGCUACUGCCGCGCCGAGCGUCUGUGCCUGUGCGAGGUCUGCGCCGCCCAGGAGCACCGCGGCCACGAGCUCGUGUCGCUGGAGCAGGAGCGCGCGCUGCAGGAGGCGGAGCAGCCCAAAGUACUGAGUGCUGCAGAUGACCGCAUGGACGAGCUGGGCGCGGGCAUCGCCCAGGCCCGCCGCACGGUGGCCCUCAUCAAGAGCGCAGCCACAGCGGAGCGGGAGCGGGUGAGCCGGCUGUUUGGCGAGGCCUUGGCCACCCUGCACAGGUUCCAGACUGAGGUGCUGGGCUUCAUCGAAGACGGGGAGACGUCCAUGCUGGGCCGCUCCCAGGGCGACCUGCGUCAGCAAGAGGAGCAGCGCAGCCGGCUGAGCCGAGCCCGCCACAGCCUCAGCCAGGUCCCCGAGGCAGACUCGGUUGGCUUCCUGCAGGAGCUCCUGGCCCUCAGGCUGGCCCUGGAAGAGGGGUGUAGCCCCGGGCCUGGCCCGCCCAAGGAACUCAGCUUCACCAAGUCAUCGCAGGCGGUGCGGACCGUGAGAGAUGUGCUGGCCGCCGCCUGUGCCAGCCAGUGGGAGCAGCUGCGGGGGCUGGGCAGCGAGGAGGAUGGGCUGCAGAAGCUGGGCAUGGAAGCAGAUGGCGAGUCUCAGGACCCGGAUAGCACGGACCAGCUGGAGAACGAGGCUUCCAGGGAUUAUUUUCUCAAGUUCGCCUACAUCGUAGACCUGGACAGCGACACGGCCGACAAGUUCCUGCAGCUGUUCGGUACCAAGGGCGUCAAGAGGGUGCUGUGCCCCAUCAACUACCCCGAGUCGCCCACCCGCUUCACCCACUGCGAGCAGGUGCUGGGCGAGGGCGCCCUGGACCGCGGCUCCUACUACUGGGAGGUGGAGAUCAUCGAGGGCUGGGUCAGCGUGGGCGUGAUGGCCGAGGACUUCUCCCCGCAAGAGCCCUACGACCGCGGGCGCCUGGGCCGCAACGCGCACUCGUGCUGCCUGCAGUGGAACGGCCGCGCCUUCUCCGUGUGGUUCCACGGGCUGGAGGCCGUGCUGCCGCAGCCCUUCUCGCCCACCGUGGGCGUGUGCCUGGAGUACGCCGAGCGCACGCUGGCCUUCUACGCCGUGCGCGACGGCAAGAUGCACCUGCUGCGUCGGCUGCGGGCCUCGCGCGCGCGCAGGGGCGCCCCCGCCUCCCCCGGGGACCCCUUCCAGAGCCGCCUGGACAGCCACUUCGGGGGGCUCUUCACCCGCAGGCUGAAGCCUGCCUUCUUCCUGGAGAGCGUGGACGCCCACCUGCAGAUCGGGCCUCUCAAGAAGUCCUGCAUAUCGGUGCUCAAGAGGAGGUGAUGGCUGGGUGGGUGGGGGCGUCCUGGGCGCCCCAGAAGCUCGCUGCUCUGCACCCCAGCCUCCUCCCCCGGACAGAGUAGAGCCUCGGGGCCCCACACCUCCGCAGCCUGCUCCUUGCCCCAGGUCUCUGCCUCUCAGACUGUUCACCUUAAGGAGUGGGGAAUCGCCUCCGACCCGGACCCUAUGCCCAGCAGGGAGAAGGGACACACCCUCGCUGCUCCAACCUCCCUUGUCCAGGGACAGUGCCUGGCACGCAGUAGGUGCUCA